CACCAAUACCCCAUCGCUUCCGAGAGAGAGCGAGAGAAGCUCCUCCGUCUCUCUCUUUCUCUCUCUCUCUCUCUCUCUCCCUCCCCCUCCCCAACAUGGCGAUCUCGCAGUCGCGGGCGGUGAAGUGCCUCAACACGUCCUCCGGCCGAAGGCGCUUCGUCUUCAAGAGCUUCUCCCAGCGAGUGGAGGAGAUAGAUAUCGAUGUCUUCCGUAGUCUGGAGCCGGUAAAGACCCAGCCCUCCAGCGGGUCCUCUUUCUUCCGCGAGAGCCUAGUGCAGUGGCGAGAGCUGAACACGGCGGAGGAUUUUAUUUCGUUUUACGAUGAGAUGAUGCCGUUGGUGCAAACUUUGCCACAGGUUAUACUGCACCGGGAAAAGAUUUUCUUGGAGCUUCUCCGCAGAUUGAAUAUGAAAGCAAGAUUGUCCCUUGAACCAAUACUAAUGUUAGUCGCUGCUCUGUCCAGAGAUAUUCUGGAAGAAUUUCUACCAUUCUUGCAAAGGUUCACUGGUUUUUUACUUGAUCUUCUCAAAAAUGGUGUUGAUCGUGAUCCUGAAAUCCUAGAGCAGGUCUUCACAUCUUGGUCAUAUAUCUUGAUGUAUUUGCAGAAAUAUCGUAAGGAUGUUGUUCACAUUCUCAAGAUUACUGUCCAGUUAAGAUUUUUUCCAAAGGAUUACAUCCAAGAGUUUAUGGCCGAGUCUGUUUCUUUUUUACUAAGGAAUGCGCCCAUUCACCAACUUACGAAAGGUAUUGCUUUUCUUAUUUUUGAGGUUGCUAAAACUUCAUCAUCUGUAAGGAUUACUGGAGUUACUGCUUUGCUGUGGCAUGUUAUGAGAGGGACUUCCUCCAGGCUUCACUCAAGAGCUAAAAAGGUGUUGCAGUUUUUGAUGGAUAAGUCCAUUGUUAACAUUAGAAAUAAAUAUCCUCAAGGUCUCGAAGCUUUUCUUGAGGUUGUAACUGGUAUUCUUCAUAGAUUUUGCAAUGAGCUUGAUCAUAAAGAAUUGAAAGUGGUAUAUGAUUGUUUAUUUAGAGAAAUAUCUGGAUGUAUGAGUGAUGGUUGCUUGGUGCACCUAAAUCACAUGCUGGGGCUUCUUACAUUUACCAUACACAAUAGCAAUAAGAGCAGUGUUUUUGAAGAUAUGUCUUCUGAAGUUCAUGAUAGAAUUUUGCAACUAAUGAUUUCUCUAGAUCUUCCUCUCACUUCUUCUGAGUUAUCAAGCAUCUCACUGUUAUAUGCUCCUGCAUUUAAGUUCAGAAGCUCGAGUUUGUUUGACUUUAUUAAAGGUGUUCUUCUGAAGGAUCCUCACAUUGCAAAUGUCUUCAGAAGUCAUAUAAUUAGGCAAAGUUCUACUUUUGAUGUUGACAUUCUUGAAAGACAAAGUAAGCAGCUACACUUUGAUAUCCUAGAUGGAGUACCCGUAGAUAAGGAACAGAAAAUAUGCAUUUUCUUUAAGAAGACACUCGCUUAUUGGACCAACUUAAUAAGUGAUGUUGCAACGAGUGGCAAUCAAUUAGAGAAGCAAGUUAGUGAGUCUGAAGUAGCUAUCUUAUGGGGAGUCGUUAGAUGCUACCUCAUUUUCAACAUCUAUCAGAAUUUAGCAUGGAUAAAAGAUUUAGUUGCCACACUUGAUCAACUUGUGGAAAUUGAAGCAGGUAAUUCAUAUCAUAAAUUAUUGCUAAGUAAGCAGCUUGGACAUUCAGAAACAAGUAAUUUUUUGCGUCUUGCUAAGAGACACAAGACAUCCCUGCAAGUAUUGUCCGCUGUAGCUGAAUUUUUGGAUUCUAUGUUCAGGUACAUUGAUCUGCAUUUUUCAAUUGUUACCAAUUUCGUUAUUGAGCUCCUCCUUUUGGCUGAAACGACUCCUAUUUCAGUCUCAACAAGUCGGAAAAUUACUAUCCUGAUAUCCAGAAUACAGAUGGUCUUUCUUCAGCAACAAUCAAUGAUGGUACAUCCUCCUCUAUAUGGGAUUAUCGGCAUCUUGCAUAAUCGCUUUGGUCUUUUAUGGGAGCCGGCAUUAGAGUGCCUGACCAUUCUGAUAGGCAGAUAUAAGGAGCUAGUUUGGAAUAUUGUUCAGUAUCUUGGCAAUUAUCAGUCAAAAUUUCUAUCCUCCGGCGAUCAGUUGAUGAAAGUGAAUUUGGAAAGUCAUCAGCCAAAUAAUUUGGUUGGCUGCUUUAACAUGUUCCUAUAUCCUGAUUCUGAUAGCACGCCAUGCAAUACCAUAACAACUCUAUUGCUUCAAUCACUUCAAAAAAUUCGGGACAUUGCAGAAUCUCGGUCUCGACAGAUUAUACCUUUAUUCUUGAAUUUAUUGGGUUAUGAUGAUGAGAAUAUCUUAAGUGUUUGAGACGUUCAGCUGCCAUAAAUGUUAAAGGAAAAGAGUGGAAAGUUACUUCUCAAAGAAUGGCUGAACUUGUUGAGAUUAAUGCACAAUGCUCGAUCUUUAUAUCGAAGCCUGGUUCUGAAGCAAGUGUUGAUGAAAAGGCUUCUCGAUGAUAUUGAUCCUGAUGUACAGUCGAAAGCUCUGGAUUGCUUAUUGAACUGGAAGGAUGACUUUCUGACUCCAUAUGAUCAGCAUUUAAAAAAUCUUAUCAUUUCCAAAAACCUCCGAGAGGAGCUCACAAUAUGGGCUCUUUCAAAAGAGUCCCAAACAAUUCAGGAAGGACAUAGGGGGCAUUUGAUUCCUUUAAUUAUUCGGUUACUAACACCAAGCAGGAAUCUGAAAGCACUUGGCUCGCAUAAGCAUACAAGUUUAAAUCACCGUAGGGCUGUCCUUUAUUUUUUGGCGCAACUCGAUGUUGAUGAACUUCAGCUAUUUUUCUCUUUACUACUAAAGCCCUUACUUGCCGGUACAAUGGAAGUUCUUGAAGACCAGCCUGACAGACCAUCUGAAAAGUUCACAGACAGAUUUCAUUCAUCUGUUUUUGUAAAAGUUUCAACAUUAGUUACUGUAUCCGAGCUCUCAUGGAAGAAGGGGAACGGAUUUCUGCACGUACUUGAAGAUAUUUUGAAAACAUUUGAUGAAUUUCAUGUUAAGCCAUUUCUUAAUCCAUUGAUGAUGAUUGUUGUUCGAAUACUGGAAAGCUGCAUGUUGAACAUUAUGGGUGACAAUAAUAAGAGAGGUGGCUCUGUUGGAGAUAAUUCUGCUGGUGACUCAGAGGUCCGUGAGACAAGUACUUUGGUGCCAGAUCCUCUUAUGAUGAGUACCUCCAUCAAACAGUUUAAGGACUUGCGGUCCUUGUGCCUGAAAAUUAUUUCUUUUGCACUAAGUAGAUAUGAGUUUCAUGACUUUGGUUCAGACUUCUGGGAUUUUUUUAUUUCUGUGAAGCCUCUUAUUGACAGCUUCAAGCAGGAGGGUUCCAGUAGUGAAAGACCAAGUUCACUCUUUUCAUGCUUUAUUGCAAUGAGCCGAAGCCCCAUGCUAGUCUCGCUAUUAAUUAGGGAGGCAAAUCUUGUUCCAACAAUUUUUUCCAUUUUAACAGUGAGGACUGCAUCUGAUGCCAUCUUAUCUUCUGUACUGAAUUUCAUUGAGAAUCUGUUGAACCUGGACAGUGAUUUGGACCAUCAAGAGGACAAUUCAGUAAAAAAAGUUUUGGUGCCUCAUCUUGAGGUACUCAUUAAUAGUUUACGUGAGCUUUUUCAGUCCCGCAAAGAAUCUCACAGGAAUUCUACAUUAUGGCCUGGAAAGACAGAAUUGAGGAUAUUCAAACUUUUGGUGAAAUACAUCAAUAAUGGUGCGGCAGCGGGAUUCAUAGACAUAUUGCUCCCAUUUUUCAAAAAAAAAGAUAUAAGUGCUGAUGAGUGUAUGGAAGGUUUGCAUGUCAUCAAAGGGGUCCUGCCAGUUUUAGAUUAUGAAACAUCAGGGAAGAUUUUGAAUGCAAUUAACCCAUUGCUUGUUUCUGCUGGGUUGGAUCUCCGCUUGUGCAUCUGUGACGUUCUUGACGGCCUCACAAUAAUCAAUCCUUCAUUAACCUUUCUGGGUAGACUUCUACAUGAGUUGAAUGCAGUUUCUUCCUCGGAAAUUGGUGAGCUCGAUUAUGAUAAAAGAAUUGGUGCCUAUGAUACAAUAAGGCCCGAGUUAUUCACUCAACUCAGAGAAGAGCAUGCAUUAGCCAUAUUAUCUCACUGUGUAUAUGACAUGUCAUCUGAAGAAUUGAUCUUUCGGCAAAGUGCAACUAGAGCACUGCUCUCAUUUAUACAGUUUGCUGGAUCAAUAGUAAAUAGGGAAACAAGUGAUUGCCAAGAAUUGCUGUUACAUGAUGGAGCACAAGAAGAUGUAACAAAUCAAACUGUGGAAAAAAGUAAUACUAGUUCUACUUGGACGAAUGCCUGUAUUCAGCAGAUUGUGAAAAAAACUCUGCUGCAGAAUAUGGGUGAAGCUAUGAGCAAGGAUAUUUCCAUUCAGAAAGAAUGGAUUGCUCUACUACGGGAAAUGGUUUAUAAUCUUCAAGGAAUUCCUUCCUUGAAUACAUUUAGACCUCUGUGUAGUGAGGAUCCUGAAGUAGAUUUCUUCAACAAUAUUCUUCACUUGCAGAUACAUAGAAGAAGAAGGGCAUUGUCACGUUUCAGAAAUGUCAUCAGUGCUGGGAAAUUGGCAGAGAAUGUGACUGCGAAAAUCUUUCUUCCAUUGUUUUUCAAUAUGUUGUUUGAUGUCAAAGAUGGAAAGGGAGAGGAUCUAAGGAAUGCAUGCUUAGAGACACUUGCUUCUAUGUCUGGUCAAAUGGAUUGGGAAACCUAUCGCACCUUUUUGAUGAGAUGCUUCCGUGAAAUGACCCUUAAGCCAGAUAAACAAAAGAUCCUGUUACGGUUAAUAUGUGCCAUAUUGGACAAGUUUCAUUUUACCAGUGUGAAUUCUAGACUGGUGAUAGAUGGAAUUGAAAUCCAUGCUUCUGGUGACACUGAUGGGAAUGUGGGAAUUGCAUUGCCUGCUAGUUCUUCUGAACCGAAUGUUCCUUCUGAUAUAGCAGUCUAUUUGCAAAAGAAAUUCCUUCCACAGGUUCUGAAAUUGCUGACAUCAGAAUCAGAAAAGGUCAAUGUCAACAUUAGUCUUGCUGCCAUCAAAUUACUUAAGUUGCUACCAGUGGAGACUCUGGAAUCACAACUUCCAAGCAUCAUUCAUCACACUUGUAACUUUCUAAAGCAUCGUCUAGAAAGCGUACGUGAUGAAGCAAGGGCUGCUUUAGCUGCAUGUGUAAGGGAACUGGGACUGGAAUACUUGCACUUCAUUGUCAAGGUUUUGCGAGCAAUACUAAAGAGGGGGUACGAAUUGCAUGUUUUGGGAUAUACCCUCAAUUUCAUAUUAUCUAAAACUCUUGCAUAUCCCAGUGUUGGGAAGCUUGAUUACUGUUUGGAAGAGUUGCUCUCUAUUGCUGAGAAUGACACUCUGGGGGAUGUUGCUGAGGAGAAAGAAGUUGAAAAAAUUGCUUCAAAAAUGAAAGAGACAAGGAAGAAUAAAUCUUUUGAUACUCUAAAGUUGAUUUCUCAGAGCAUUACUUUCAGAACACAUGCCUCAAAGUUGCUUUCCCCAAUUAACGCACAUCUUCAGAAACAACUCACACCAAAGAUGAAGGUGAAGCUUGAGAUGAUGUUACAUCAUAUAGCUUUAGGAAUUGAACACAAUCCUUCUGUGGAACUGUCAGAACUAUUUAUUUUUGUGUAUGGGCUGAUUGAAGAUAGCAUGACAGAAGAGGGUUCUCAUGGCAAAGAGAUGUCCAUGAAUGGGACUAGCAACAAGCCUUUUCAUGAAAUGCCCAACAAAAGAAACACUUUAAGCUCUGGUGAUCAUGGACUCCAAAAUUCUCACCUUAUUUCCGAAUUUGCCCUUGGAGUAUUGCAUAAUCGCUUAAAGAAUAUGAAGUUGGACAAGAAAGAUGAGCAGUUGUUAUCAAUGCUAGACCCCUUCGUAAAACUAUUAGGAAACUGUCUGAAUUCCAAGUAUGAAAAAGUUCUAUCAGCUGCUUUCAGAUGCCUUGCUCCAUUGAUAAGGCUACCCUUGCCAUCCCUUGAAGCCCAUGCUGAUAAAAUUAAAAUUUUGCUUCUAGAUAUUGCCCAAAAAUCGGGAAAUGCUAACAGUUUAUUGGUUCAAUCCUGUCUAAAGCUUCUCACAGUGCUACUUCGAAGCACCAAAAUUUCACUUUCAAAUGAUCAACUCUGCAUGAUCAUUCAAUUUCCCCUUUUUAUUGAUCUCCAAACUAAUCCUUCACCCAUUGCCCUUUCUCUUUUAAAGUCAAUAGUUGGUCGAAAGUUGGUUGUCCAUGAAAUAUAUGACAUUGCUGUGCAAGUUGCGGAAGUAAUGGUAACAAGCCAGUCAGAACCAAUUCGCAAGAAAUGCAGCCAAAUUCUAUUGCAAUUUCUGCUGGAUUAUCGUCUUUCAGAUAAGCGCUUGCAACAGCAUAUGGACUUCUUACUUACAAAUUUGAGCUACGAGCAUUCGUCUGGAAGAGAAGCUGUGCUUGAAAUGCUCCAUGCUAUCCUAGUCAAAUUUCCCAAAAGUGUUGUUGAUAGUCAGGCUCAAACAUUUUUUCUCCAUUUAGUAGUUGCUUUAGCCAAUGACCAUGAUCAAAAAGUUCGGUCUAUGGUUGCUACGGUAAUAAAAGUAUUGAUAGGUCGCACCAGUCAUCAUGCACUGCAUUCCAUUCUAGACUACAGUCUUUCAUGGUAUUUGAGUGAAAAAAAGCAUCUAUGGAGUGCUGCAGCUCAGGUUCUUGGUUUAUUGGUUGAAGUUUUAAGAAAAGACUUCCGUAGACACAUAAAUAGUAUCCUCAAAGUUGCGAAAGGCAUUUUGGAAUCUUCUGUGUAUGCUGUUAACAACAAAGAAUUUGACUCUACAAAUGAUCCUGCAAUUCCAUUCUGGAAAGAGGCUUACUGCUCACUCGUUAUGCUGGAGAAGAUGCUUCUCCACUUCCCGGAGCUGUAUUUUGACAAGAACCUUGAGGAGAUGUGGGGAUGUAUUUGUAAACUUUUGCUGCAUCCACAUGUAUGGUUGCGGAAUAUUUCCAACCGCCUUGUAGCCUUGUAUUUCGCUGCUGUGUCCGACCCUGGCAGAACUGAUAUUGAGAAGUCGAACAUUGGAACUCUGUUUCUUGUAAAUCCAAGCAGACUUUUUGCAGUUGCUGCUUCCCUAUUGAAUCAGCUCAAGGUGCAGCUGGAUGAUGAUGCAGCGAGCAAUCUCAUAACUCAAAAUCUCGUAUUUUCCAUUUGUGGUUUGCACUCUUUUGCUAAACAGAGAAAUAGUUUGACUCUGCAUGAGUUUUGGUGUACUCUUGAUUCUUGUGAACAAGGGUCAUACCUUGAGGCUUUUGAGUUGCUUGGUUCAAGGAAAAUAAAGAAUGCUUUCAUACUUUCCACCAGCACUACAAGUCAAUCUUCUGGAGAAAGGGAACUAGCUGAUGAAGUUGAUGCUGAUGAUUUUCAAUCAUUGCUAGUUGCACCCCUGCUCAAGAGGAUGGGAAAAGUUGCAAUGCAGAAAGAAGAUAUCCAGAUGAAGAUCAUCUUCAAUUGCUUCAGAAUGAUCUCAUCUCAAAUUGGUUCUGAAGGCUGCAAUGCUUAUGCUAUUGACAUGUUGGUUCCAUUAUAUAAAGUAUGUGAAGGAUUCGCUGGGAAGCUCGUUGGUGAUGAAAUUCAGCAAUUGGCAGUGGAGGUUCGUGACAGCAUAAGGGAUGUCCUUGGGGUUGAUGAUUUCGUGCGAGUUUACAACCUGAUACGGAAGAACCUCAAGGCAAAGAGGGACAAGAGAAGACACGAGCAGAAACUCGUCGCUGUUAUCAAUCCUAUGCGCCAUGCCAAGAGGAAGCUGCGGAUUGCAGUCAAACAUCGAGCCCACAAGAGGAGGAAGAUAACGGCAAUGAAAAUGGGGAGAUGGCGAAGGUAACAAAUGCUUCUGCAAAGUAACAACAGGUAGGAAGAUACGUAGAGUGUACAGAGGCAACGCUUUUACAUUUUUUUUAAUUUAAUUUUGAGCUGGGUCUUGAAGAAAUAGGAUGGGAAUAGUUUUUAAGGUGUCAGUAAGUGGCAUUUAGUUUUGGUUUAGCCAUCUCUACUGGCACUGUUGUAUGAAAUGUAUUGUGUUAUUUCAUUUCUAAUAUCCGACAUGAUUACAGGUUAUAAUGAGUCUGGGGAUAUUUAUUUACUUAUUUC